CAGAGGACUUCCAGAAGUGUUAUAUGGCAAGUAACACUGGUUUUCCAUUUAUAAUCCUGAAAAAGUUUGCAUUCGAAAUGAAAUCAUUUGAGUAAAAGAAAAUGUGGCAGUUUAAACAAAAAAUAUGAAGUGGAUAAUUUCUUGAAGAUGGAGCAGCCAAGCUGGACAGACGACCUACCACUCUGCCACCUGUCUGGGGUGGGCUCCGCGUCCAACCGAAGCUACUCUGCUGAUGGCAAGGGCACUGAGAGCCACCCGCCCGAGGACAACUGGCUCAAGUUCAGAAGUGAGAACAACUGCUUCCUGUACGGGGUCUUCAACGGCUAUGAUGGCAACCGGGUGACCAACUUCGUGGCCCAGCGGCUGUCUGCAGAGCUCCUGCUGGGCCAGCUCAACUCUGAGCACACGGAGGCCGAUGUCCGUCGUGUGCUGCUGCAGGCCUUCGACGUGGUAGAGAGGAGCUUCCUGGAGUCCAUCGACGAUGCUUUGGCCGAGAAGGCGAGCCUGCAGUCCCAGCUGCCCGAGGGUAUCCCCCAGCACCAGCUGCCUCCUCAGUAUCAGAAGAUCCUUGAAAGACUCAAGGUGUUGGAGAGGGAGACUUCAGGAGGGGCCAUGGCUGUUGUGGCUGUCCUUCUCAACAACAAGCUCUAUGUCGCCAACGUCGGUACGAACCGUGCGCUUCUGUGCAAGUCCACGGUGGACGGGCUGCAGGUGACACAGCUGAACGUGGACCACACCACGGAGAAUGAGGAUGAGCUCUUCCGCCUCUCACAGCUGGGUUUGGACGCAGGAAAGAUCAAGCAAGUGGGGAACAUCUGUGGGCAGGAAAGCACCAGGCGCAUUGGGGAUUACAAGGUCAAAUAUGGCUACACUGACAUCGACCUACUCAGCGCUGCCAAGUCCAAGCCCAUCAUUGCGGAGCCUGAAAUCCACGGCACACAGCCCCUGGACGGAGUGACUGGCUUCCUGGUGCUGAUGUCUGAGGGGCUGUACAAGGCUCUGGAGGCAGCCCACGGGCCUGGGCAGGCCAACCAGGAGAUCGCUGCCAUGAUCGACACUGAGUUCGCCAAGCAGACUUCCCUGGAUGCGGUGGCCCAGGCCGUGGUGGACCGGGUGAAGCGUAUCCAUGGUGACACCUUUGCCAGUGGUGGGGAGCGUGCCAAGUUCUGCCCAAAGCACGAGGACAUGACCUUGCUGGUGAGGAACUUUGGCUACCCGCUGGGCGAAAUGAGCCAGCCCACAGCAUCCCCGGCCCCAGCUGCAGGAGGACGCGUGUACCCCGUAUCCGUGCCAUACUCGAGCACCCAGAGCACCAGCAAGACCAGUGUGACCCUCUCCCUCGUCAUGCCCUCACAGGGCCAGCUGGUCAAUGGGGCCCACAGCGCUUCCACCCUGGAUGAAGCCACUCCCACCCUCACCAACCAGAGCCCGACCCUGACCUUGCAGUCCACCAACACGCACACCCAGAGCAGCAGCUCCAGCUCCGACGGGGGCCUCUUCCGCUCCCGGCCCGCCCACUCGCUCCCACCCGGUGAGGAUGGCCGUGUUGAGCCCUAUGUGGACUUUGCUGAGUUUUACCGCCUCUGGAGCGUGGACCAUGGCGAGCAGAGCGUGAUGACGGCACCGUAACCCUGGCUGGGGGAGUGCAGCUCAAGCAGGACCUUGUGUGAAGGCCAGGGGCCACCACUGGGCCAGGAUAGGCUUUCCCCAGCAGGUGCCUGUGCUGUGGGGCCAGCAGGGGCCCAGUCCUCAGCCUGCACCGUCCCCUCAGCCAGCUCUCCGCGCUGUAGAGCGGAUCCUCAGGGGGCGCCGUGCAGACCAGACCCCUUGGACAUGCUUGUCACUGCUCAGGGGCUGGAGGACUCCCUAGGGCAGCCUCAGCCGAGACCAUCGCUAUUUCUCAGAACAAAGAUGCAAGUGCAGAAGCUGGGCUGGCCUACACACCCGUGUGGGGCAGGGUGUGCAGAGAUUCUCCUGUGACCCUGCGUGUCACAGGCCCAGCAGCCAGCCACUGCUUUCUCAAGCCACCCCUUCCCGCCACCCUGUCCCCCUGGAAGUGCGUGUGGCUAGUGCCCGUGCCCCUCACCACUGGCCAGUGGUUUCCUGCUUGCUUCUCCAGCCUCCAGAGUGAAUCCCGGUGACGUCUACACCUUCGAAACUGCACCCGUCCCUGGGCUCCUCCCUGGGCCAGCUUAGGUUUUCAGUGGUAAACAUUCAAGAAGACCAGGGAAGUGUUGGGGGCCUGGGAUGGCUGCAGAGGGGACAGGUCAGGGGAAAGGAACUGGAGGUAACUGGUCCAAAAGGAGCACUGAUCCUGGAGUCCCCCAAAGAGGGUGAGCUGGGCUGGCGUCUCCCCCAGAGCUGGAGUUGCAGGAGAGCAGACAUGCCCGGACCACGCGGGGCCGUGGCUCUGGUCAGGCUCCUCCAGGAGAGGAAGGCCCCGAAUCGGUGAGCUGACUCCACUUGUGUUUUCCUUCUGGAGCUGGGGAGGGCCACAGGUGGGGAGCCACGAAGAUCAGUGACCUUGGCACUGACGACGGUCUCUGCCUGCUGCCCGUAACAUCCAGGACUGGAGUCAGGCCAGGCUUGUGAGAGAGGGAGCGUGGAAAGUGGUUCUUCGAGACCCGAUGCUGUCGUCAGGGCUCGAGUGUGCCCUGCAUUUCCAGGCACGGGGCAGACUCGGGCAGCCAGGCCCUGGGUUCCACCACUCCGUGCGUGCUCACUGCCUUCUAGGGGGCGGGCACCGCACUCCUGUGGUCACAGGAGAAGCAAGCCCAGGAGACUCAAGGUGUGCCCAAGUCACGGGCUGAGGUGGAGCGGAACUCAGACCUGUCAGUCCCUGAGGCCCCUGGAUUCUGCCACCUGUCCCCAGCUCCCAGCCUCCUGCCCCACGAGGCCCCGGACGGAACUCACCAAGGACUGGUUACUGUGUGUGGCUUCCAGUGUGCUUGGACUCUGAAAGGUCAAAGGUCAGUUCCAAAGCCCUGCUCUGUCUGUGGUCUCGGAAUAGGGGAGCCUGGCAGGAGCCAAGGAAUUGCGCUUCUCGGCACAGCCCUCGCUCCCCUCGCGAAGCCAUCUCUCCCCUGCACGCAGAUUUGAGGCUUGGGAACAAAGGGAAUUCUCUUCCAAGAAUGUCUUGGUGAUGCUGUUUGGUCUUUAGAAAUAGAAUCACUUUUGACCGCAGUAAAGGAGUAGUAA